AAAAUUACCCACGACGCCGCAAUUCACGGUGAUGUAUGCGGCUCAGCCCGCGUGUGCUUGCCAUUCCGAAGGGCUUUAGGGGAUUUGUCAACAAUCGUUGAACCCUGCGAAUACGACGAUCUGACAUUUAUCAUUAUCCCAUAAUAAAUCACCACCGUACCUUCACUCAUCUCAUCAGCGCAUUCGUAUUCUCUUGCGCUCACAUCAUCACAUCAAUCGACCCCUUCUUCCACGCAAAGCAUCUCCAGUUUCUCCGUCAGCGGUCUUGCACCACGCGACCUGCAUCUGUUCUACCAGUGAGGAACCUCAGGCGACUUGCGGCCGCACAGUCCCGCCUUCAUUGAACAGCCCACGACUGCGAAAACGCCUCACAUUGGCCCAGACGGGCCCGUCACACCAUCAUGGCCGUAUUCGAUGGGAUAAAGAAGCGGUUUCCAGCGUCUCAGACACUACCUUCGCUGAAAUCUUUACAAAACUCAUCCGCAAAAGAUGGCUCAGAUAGAAUGUCGCCGCGUUUAUCAUUCCUGAAAAGGCGGAUACGACUACGAGGGAACAGCAAGUUCAGCGUUCCAUUAUAUCUGGUGCUACUAUUUCCAUUGAUCUUGUUGGUGUUGAUCGUCUUCCUCGUGCGCAAUCCUUCAGCUCGAGGCGGAAGGCUGAUCUCAGCUGGCGCACCGCCCGAGAUCCGCAAAAUCAACGAGAAGCACGACAAGGUCUUCGCGACAGGCUGCACGGAUCCCGUCGUCAACGCGCAAGGCCCUCGCGCAAAUGCUGUAUUUGUCGUCCUAGCUAGGAACAAGGAGUUGGAUGGUGUUAUUGAAAGUCUCAAGAGCAUGGAGCGGCAUUUCAACCGUUGGUUCAACUAUCCAUAUGUGUUCUUGAACGACGGAGAGUUCAAUACCACAUUCAAAGAGACCGUCAGAAACCACACCAGCUCCACCGUCGAGUUUGGUAAAAUUGGCCCCGAGCACUGGGGUUUCCCGAACUGGACGGACGCGAAUGUCGCAAAAGAGGGAAUUCGAAAGCAAGGGGAUCAAGCUAUUAUGUAUGGCGGGAUGGAGUCGUACCACCACAUGUGUCGGUUCUACUCGGGAUUCUUCUAUAAGCACGAAUUGCUACAAAAGUACGAUUGGUACUGGCGUGUGGAGCCGGAGAUUAAAUAUUUCUGCGACAUGACCUACGAUCCCUUCGUCUAUAUGGAGCGCAACAACAAAACUUACGGCUUUACGAUUGCUGUGAAGGAGCUCAAAGAGACGGUGCCGAACAUCUUCCGCUAUGCAUCCGCGUACAAACGCAAAUACAACAAGAAGUCGCAAGGACUCUGGGAGAUGUUUGUUGAGCCCAAGGAAGGUUUCAACCAGGAUGGAACGCCAAAGAAGGACUACAAAAAAGAGGAGAAGAAGAAGGAAGAGCACUAUCCGCCUGGACAAGCACCGUUGCCGGACAUCGAUCCCGAAGCUAUGGAAGGUGAAGUCUACAACAUGUGUCAUUUCUGGUCCAACUUUGAAAUCGCGCGUCUGGACUGGUUCCGAAGCCAGGAAUACAACGACUUCUUCAACAUGAUGGACAAAUCCGGCGGAUUCUGGAUGGAACGAUGGGGUGACGCCCCCAUCCAUUCCCUCGCCGCCGGCGCCCUCCUCUCGAUCAAACAAGUCCACUACUUCCGCGACUACGGCUACCGCCACACCACCAUCCAGCACUGUCCCGCCAACGCGCCCGCCCGCCAACUCCCACACAUCCCCUGGCUGGAAAAGACCACCAAGGAUGCCAAAGCGCGGAAAGAGGAGGAUGAUUACUGGGCCAAGCCCGACCCGGUGCAGGAGAAUGGCGUCGGAUGUAGGUGUCGCUGCGAUACGGAUAUCGUCGAGGUCGAGACCAAAGAGGGUAGUUGUAUCCCGGAAUGGGUCGAGGUCGCUGGUGGUUACAUUACCCCUGAGGGCCCGGAGAAGUGAAAUUUCUCCGCUCACGUACAGUCGUGUUGCGGGAAGAGGAGAAGAGAUGAUUGCGAUCGUCGAUUUGCUGUCGUGGUUGUCGCUGACGUCGGUGUUAUGAGAGGUGGAUGGGGGAAAAUGGCGUUUUUACUAGGAAGAAUACCACAUCUUGAAGGCCUGUUUUUCCUCCCAGGCGGUGCUGCGCGAAAAGCAGAAGCCCUCCUUUACCCAUCACGUUCUUCAUGUUUUCUUCUCUUCUCGCGAUCGCGUCACUCACGUUUUACAAUAUUCCCACAGGCAUCUGUGCAAGCCAUCCAUGUAUGAAUGCAAUUUUGACGGCAAGGAUUUCUCAGACGAAGUCAAUCUCAGAAACGUCGCCAGAAAAUUAUUAAGAAUUUGUUUGGGGAGAAUUUUGCCUAUCUAGGAUUUCACAGAGAGAGAGAAUGUGUAGUAUACACGUGGUUUUUGUAGUUGUUUGAUUGUCGACCAAAUCAUGCCCAGCGCGCGUG